AGGUGUUGCACCACUUAACCCCAGCCACCAGGGAAGGUCAGGAGUGGUGUGUGUGUGGUGUACUGUGCCUGUCUACAGUGCCUGUCUACGGUGCCUGUGUACAGUGUAGUGGGCACCGGUGCACAGUACAGCCCUACACCAGUAGUCAAGACAUAGUACUGAUAUAUUAACAGUACUCCACUAUAAGUGACUCGUUAUCUUGGGUUGAAUUGCAGCAUGAUUAGUGACGACGACGAUGACAUUUUCUGUUACACACCACUGCAGAGAAUUAGGACCCAGAUUUCCUCCACACAGACCUUGAUAAAAAAAGAAAUAAAAUCAAGUCGGCUCUCUUUAUCUCAAAGAGAUAAUACUGUUAAACGGUUCAAAAGUCCAUUGAAAAAAAGUUUAACUAAUGUGAAACCUCGCAAAAGUCAAUUAAAUUUUGAAUCGGAUAACAAGAGCAGUAAAUUGAAUUCUAAAAAUAAUAGUGAUAUUGCUAAAAAGUCGUUUUUAAAUGGAUCAUCGCGAUUUCAAGCAAGCAGUGCAUCUCGUGCAGCACCAGUCAGUCAUAAGAGGAAGAGUGCUGAGAGUGCACUUACGGAAAAUUUAAAUGCGAGAUCGGAGCAGGAAAAACUAGCUGCUGACGUCUGCCCCAUAUGUAUGAUGCCAUGGAAGGACUACAGUGAUACUGGAAAAUCACGAGAUUUUCACACUGACGAGUGUUUGGAAAUUGACUGGUCCCAUAAGACGGAAUGUAAAGAUGGAAUUGACUGUUGCGCAAUUAUUGAAAGUCAUUUUUGGAACUUUACACACCACACUAUGGCUGAAAUGCGGUCUGAACAUCAGCGUACUCUAGCACACAAUCUCUCCACAAACCUCAGAGAGGAAGAACAGGAGAAGCAACAUAAAAAAACUAAAAAGAAUCCCAAGUCCCCCAGUGAUGACUCAGGCUAUGAAGACCUGGCAGUGGCUGGUUCCUCAGGAUUAGGGAAGUUGACUAAUUAUUCAAAAGAAAAACAACAAAAACCUUGUAGUUUUUCUUCACAAAGUGACAGUACUGAAUUGAAUAAUAGUAUACCACUGUUUAACCUUGACUCCGAUGAUGCUUGUGAUGAGUUUACUUCAACUUUUCUUGCAGAGAAAUUGUCUGUAAAGGAGCCGUUAUCUGAUGUAAAGAUUACAACAAAUUUGAAUAAACUUGAGCAAGCUGGUAAAAAAUUCAGUAAACACACUACUUCAAGUAAAAUUUUGAACAAAAAUGAUUCUGCAGGUAAUUUGGCUAAUGAAGAAAUUCCAGAUCUUGAUGUGGAUUCUGUCAUGAAGUCUAAAUGUUGUGAUAAUGAAGAUAAUAUGAAGUCAGCUAUAUUUAGUGAAGUUGCCAGUCAAGGUACAAGGUCUCCUAUCUCAGAUGAUGAUGAUGACUGUGAUACAGAGGUCUUUGACGAAAACCCAACAAGUGAACCCUUUGGGGAAGAUUGUAGAGGAGAGGAAAAUGUGGUUGAUUCUGUUAAAUAUAAUGAUGUAACAGAAGGUCCUGUUGUAACUUCUGCUGACACCUCAAGCCUUCCAUCUAUAUCUCUACUUCAAGAUUGCCACGUUGGUAUUAAUGUAGGCAGGAAUGACACUCCUGAAUUAGAACAAAACUUAAAUAUUGAUCAAAAUGAAUUGCAGAGAAUCACUAAUGGCUCAAAUUCAGACAAAUGUGAACCUUGUUGUUCAAAGACGGGAGUUGAGAAAGAUGGUGAUGAUGAAUUUGAAGUUGACGACGACAUUUUUGUAAGACUGGUAGAUGCAGCAGUGGAGAAGUACCUUAAUAAUAAUAAGGACGAGAGACCACAUUUGAAGACUUCAGUCAAGGAGCAGCGGUGUACUAAGUCAAGUAACAAGUGUCCUGGCAAGCCUUCGUGUCAGCCUUGUAUCCAUCUUCAUUUUCAUCUCAAUAAAAUUCCGGAAAAGUCAUCUAAAAAAGUGGGACAAUCUAGUAUCCUGAACUAUUUUCAGCCUGUUAAAGAAAGUCAAGAUUCUUGCAAGCAGACCACCAACAAAUGUGCAUCACACUGUGGAUCGACAUGCAAGAAGUGUAAACAAACCUGUGGAAAGUCGGGUGCAGAAGGCUGGAAAGAUCUUAUGUCACAGAUGCAAAGAAAAAUAGUUAAGCUUCCCAGUGUAACUGAUAGCUCUGAAUCCACACAAAGAGACGAGGAUAAGAAACCACUAUGGCAACAAAGAAAAUGUCCUUUCUAUAAAUACAUUCCAGAUACAAGUUUUGUUGUGGAUGCCUUUUUUUAUGGUUACCUUGAUGGUGUGAGUGCUUACUUCCUUACACAUUUCCACUAUGAUCAUUAUAGAGGCCUCAAGAAGAGUUUCAGUCGUCCCAUAUAUUGCAGUGAAAUUACAGCCCGGCUAGUGAAAUUGAGGAUUGGUGUAUCUGAUCAGUACAUACACCCUUUGCCUAUGGAGAAGCCGAUGGUGGUGUGUGGCAUUGAGGUGACACUGCUUGAAGCCAACCACUGUCCUGGAGCGGUGAUGUUUCUAUUCAAACUGAGAACUGGCGCUACAGUUCUUCAUGUUGGUGACUUCCGUGCUAACCAAAAGAUGGAAUCAUACCCUUCACUGUGGAACUGUUCUAUUGAUACAUUAUACUUGGAUACUACGUACGUCAACAGUGAUAUUGGUUUGAUCAUGAGCAGGUACUGUAAACCACUCUACGAUUUCCCUAAUCAAGACGAUGUGAUUGAGAAGUGUGUUUCUAUUGCUACUUGCCACAUUAAGAACAACUCAAAAACACUUAUUUUUGUGGGAGCAUAUUCAAUAGGAAAAGAGCGAGUCUUUAAAGCCAUAGCAACAGCUUUGGAUUGCCGUAUUUGGGCAAGUAAUGAUAGGAUAAAGACACUGAGCUGCAUCCAGGAUGAAGAGUUACAAGCCAGGCUUACCUCUGACAAGCUUUGUGCUCAAGUUCAUGUUGUGCCUAUGAGUGACUUGAAACCAAAGAAACUGAUGGAUUACAUAGAGAUGAUGAAGCCCCGUUACACCGUAGGUGUAGCAAUCCGUCCUACUGGCUGGGAACACUCAAGUGGUGAUUUGCUCAACAACCUUUCUUCAAAGCAGUUUGGUAAUAUUUAUAUAUAUGGGAUUCCAUACUCUGAGCACUCAAGUUACAAAGAACUGAAACGCUUUGUACAGUUUAUUCAGCCUAAAAAGAUCAUCCCUACAGUUAACAUUGGGAAUCCCAGUUCCAGAAAUAUGAUGGAGAAAGAAUUCAGCAAGUGGUUGAGUAUGCCUCGCACCAAGAGUAUUGACCAACUGUGGAAGAAAAAGUGAAAGUUAUGCCUAUUUUUUUUAAUCAUUAGUUGCUGUUAUACUAGUAAGUUUAGUUUCAUCUCUUCCAAAGAUCACCCAAGAACAUUUUUCAUUGAAUCUUAAUGUAUAUGUUUUAAUAUUACUUCUUUUUCCCCUAUCUGAAUUUUAUCUGUAAAUAGUUACUGACAUUAUCUUAACAUAUUAAUUAAAAGUACAAUGUACAUACAUGUAGGCCCCCCAUCCUCCCCACCAAUAACCCCUUUUAACUUCCCUCCCCCCACACAAGAGAGAGAUCAUGCCCACUAUCAUUGCUCUACACACCGAUAUUUCUGCUCUUGUUGAAAGAAUGGUUUCAAAUUUUUUUAUCUGUAGGGUAUUCAGUGUAUAUAUUCUCGAUAAGACAGCAAAAUGUCACUUAAAAUCUUGAAAAUAUUAUCUGUUGUAUCCUUUAUCUGUGAUAAUAAUAGUAAUAAUAAUACUGCAAAAAUAAUAAUAAUAAUAAUGUACUUUAAUAAUAAUAAUAAUACUGUUCUGUAAUAAUAACAAAUGCAUUGGUAUAUCAGAUAAUGUCGUAGAAAUGGUGCUAAGUAAUAAGUGUUUUCCUUGUUGGUAAAGUUGAGUAUAUAAAAGAAUAUAUAUUUCCAUUUAUAAAUAUCCAGACAUUAAGUGAAGAAAUAUAGACAACUACAAGAUUUAUGGAUAACAAAAUACAGUACUGAAAUAGCCAAACCAUUAAUUUAGAAACGAGCUAGAACUUCUCUUCCUCUUCUUAGUUACGCCUGGUCCCCAACAGGUGGCAGCACUCUGGGAGCUGCCAGCUCCUUUGCAAUCUUACCCAGACAUCCUGUCGCUGAUGUCUGUGAAUACAGACCUUUCCGAGUCACUGGCUGUAGCGAAUCCACUAUU